GAGAGAUAGUGAGUGAUAAGGUGAUUUUGCUUGCAUUGUUUGUUGCCGGUAGUGUAUUGUGCUGCGAGUGACCGUCGCAAGAUGUAUUUGAAUAGAGUGCGGAUUUGUAGCUCGCGAUUAGUAGCGGCCCCUACACACUUUGUACGGAGUAUCACAGUGAACAGCACAGCGGUGGAAGUUGAAGACGGGACAGCUCAGCUCAAAUCAUGGAGGGAGAUCCCGGGCCCUUCAUCUUUGCCCUUGCUAGGGUCUCUGCACCACUUCAUACCCGGUGGCAUGUUCUACAACAUAAACGGCAUUGACUUCACUCGCAAACUGUACCAGAACUACGGACCGAUUGUGAAAGUUGAUGGGAUGGUCGGCAUGAAUAUGUUAAUAUUCCUAUUCGAUGCGGAGAGCGUUUCACAAGUCCUUCGUGGCGAAAACUGGAUGCCAAUUCGUUCCGGAUUCCCCUCACUGGAAUACUACAGAAAAUACUACAAGAAAAGUAAAGAUCAUGAACAGAAACCAACGGGACUCGUUACGGAACAGCUUCAACCAUGGAGGGAAUUCCGCUCCGCCGUGAACCCCGUGAUGUUACAGCCGAAAACUAUAAAACUGUACACGACUGCGAUAGAUCAGGUCGCCCAGGAUAUGGUCGCCAGAAUGAGAUCUUUACGUGAUGAAAACAAUAUGCUGCGUGGGAAUUUCGACACGGAAAUGAAUCUUUGGGCUCUGGAGUCCAUAGCUGUAGUGGCUCUCGGUAUGAGGCUGAAUUGCUUUGACCCAAAACUGACUGACGACUCGCCAGCCAAGAGACUGAUCCAGUGCGUCCAUGACUUCUUCACUAUCGCCGAAGACUUGGACUUCAAGCCAAGCAUUUGGAAGUACAUCACUACACCAAAAUUCAAGAAAGCGAUGAAACUUUACGAGGAUCACGAAAAUCUAUCAAAACAUUUCGUUCAACAAGCAAUGGAAGAAUUAAAAACAAACAAAGGAAAACCGAGCAACGAGAAGGGCGUACUUGAAAAACUGAUGGAUAUCAAUGAACAGUUUGCAUACAUUAUGGCCAGUGAUAUGCUAUUCGGUGGUGUAGAUACGGCUGCUAACACCAUAACAGCCACGCUGUAUCUCCUCGCGACGCACCCAGAGAAACAACAGAAACUGAGAGAGGAACUGCUAUCGAAAUCAGAAAAGAAACCUUACCUGAAGGCGUGCAUCAAAGAGUCGAUGAGGGUAAUGCCAGUUGCGUCUGGCAACACGAGGAGAACUACCAAAGAAUACAACAUACUCGGCUACCACAUACCGAAAGACAUGGAAAUUGUUUUCUCUCAUCAAGAGAUGUCAGUGAUGGAGCAAUACUACCCGAGACCUAAAGAGUACAUCCCAGAACGUUGGGUGGCCGAUAAAGACGACCCUCUGUACCACGGCAAUGCGCAUCCUUUCGCCCAUUCUCCAUUUGGCUUCGGAGUUCGCAUGUGUAUAGGUCGUCGCAUCGCAGAGCUGGAAGUGGAAACGUUCCUUGGGCGGAUCGUGGAAAACUUCAACGUAGAGUGGUUCGGACCUCCUCCGAAAGUAGUUCAAACCGCGCUUAAUUACUUCAAGGGACCUUUUAAUUUUAUUUUCAAAGACGUUUAAGAAGCUCGUUAUUUUAUUUCGCUGUUGAUAUAUUUUGUUAAAUUAGAAACAUUAUAAAUGCAUCGGAAAAUAUGUAACCUAAAUAGUUCAAUCCUAAUAUUAAUCGAGUUAAAAAGUUUUUCGGAUAGAACUUGACAAUUUGAAUAGCCACAUUGAUAGAUUUUUGUAGUACAUUCUUGAAGUCAUUGUGUCGGUCACUUUAUCUGCAUGACUGAUUUAAUUACCCAACAAUGUCAAAUGGUCAGUUUGAAAAUCUUUCGGAGAGGCCCACGUUGAACAGUGAUUAUCCUGUGACCGAUGAUAAUGAUAAGUUGGUGUCUUACACACUGUCGUAAGGAUGUAUUCUUUAUACUUUAGUUUUAUUUAAGAUAGUAAAAAAAAAACAAAAGAAUAAUCUAAUAUAGCCCGCUUUCUAACAAUGCCCAUUUUUAAAAAUUCUACUAAAAUUUUACUAAAACAUUGCCAAUUAUACUGGCUUAUGCGUCUGCAACCACACAAGGAAUUCCAUCUGCAAAUGGUUACAAAGGCAAAAACAUUUUUUUUUCUGUAGUACGUCGUGAUUGUGGCAAGGUCCAUCUAUUCAAUAUUUGGAGAUAAUAUAAAUUUAAAAUAUAUUGCGUUAUUUUUACCUUUGCAACAACAUACCAAUUCUAUUCGAUGUUAAAUUAUAGAUAAGCUUUAUUAUUUUUUGCUUAUUGUUAUGUUUUCACAACAUUUUACUGAACGCGAGUGAAGUGUUCCACUUAAAGCUCACCACAUGUUUCAUAAAUAAAUAAAAACCCAUAAUAGAAUAUUAAGUAAUGGAUUAAAUAAUGCUGUCAAACAUUAUACUAGAUCACACAUGUCUGUAAUUUUUUUAUUCAGCAAAUUAUUUUUGUUUCCUUACACUUAUAAAAUAUUUUGAAUGUUUUCAUUAUUAGCUAGGCAAAGUUUUCACAGCAGGCACAAUACAACUAUGCCACCGAGGCAAUGUGAUGAAACGCCAGUGCAAUAGUUAAUUCCGAUCGUAUUUCUGGGAUUAGUCGAUGUUUCGUAACCGUUGUUUAUAAUAAUACUAGCUGACCCGUCGAACUUCGUAACGCCUGAGAGUCGAUUCUUUCAUUUUGAUUAAUUCUUAUUCUGCUAUUCGGGACGCCGGGUCGGCUAGUAAGAUAAAAAAGAAAAAAGAAAAUUGAUAAGUCAACAAUUACAUUAUGUCAAAAAAUAAUAAUUAUAAAACACUUAAAAUUCUUUCCAUCGUUCCAUUUAACGUCACUCAAUUGUUUUGCCUGUCCGUAAUCCCUCCACUAACAUUUAAUCUUUAUGGUAUGGUAUUAAAGUUCAAAUUGACUUUAAAGUAUUAUUACGAAUCUUUUGUAUGGGAACAUAGAAAAGUGUUAUUUUUAGACUUA